AUGAAGGUGGUCGACCCCCAGUCAGCGCUCAUCACCAAUAUCGAAGUCUACGACUUCCUGAAAUCACACACUCCACGAAAAGAGACCAAAAAGAUUGGCGCAUACGAGACUAUCGAUUUGAAGGGCUAUAGAGAAGUCCGACAAGACGUUUUAAGAUAUGUCGAGAAGACCACACCGAGCUUAGCCACCGCUCCGCCGCCGGAACAGUACAUCAAGGACACAGUAAAGCGUCUACGCUCGUACGGACUUACCAAGCCUGAAGUCUACACUAUCAUCAACCUAGGACUAGGUCUUCCGCGGCCGCAGCCCACAAGUGAUGAUGGGGAGGAACUUAAUGGUACGAACGAGGAAGCGGAGGCAGAGACAGCCGAGGACGAAGUCGAUCGCGGUCAUGCUGUUGCUCAGAUUCAGGUUCCUGGCCCAGGCACUUCUUCCGACGUGCCCACAGAUGAGCAAGAUACCGAAAUGACUGUCGCCAGUGGAGACAACACGGCGCUUGCGCUAGUGAUUGAGAGCAUCGAGGAGAGGUUUCCUGAGGAUGUUCGAGAAGAUAGGGUAGAGGAAAUCUUGGCUAUUCUACGACAGUGUGUUUCACAGGCUGGUCAGCGUGCUGAGGUAGGCGACGAGAAGGUUUGA